AUGUCAGGAUUCUGGGUCGAGGCUGCUCGCAUCGUUAAAUCUGGUGGCUCUGUUGCUUUAUGGACACACUCGUCUCUGUACUGCCGUGGGUAUUAUCAAACUACCUUAAGGAAGCAUUCAGCUAACUUGAUUCAGAUCCCUCAACUCCCAAUGCCGAAGAUGUUCAAGGGGCUCUCUCUCGCCUCGAAAGAUGCCUUUUCUCAUAUGAUCUUCCUGAAAAUCAACUUUCUGCUCAGUACUGUGAUAAUCUCUUACUCCCAAUGGGACACUGGCAACCACAAGGUAGCGAGCGCCUUUCCGAAGACGAAGUUUACUCGAAUGGAAUGGGAUCGAGAUGGCGUUCUUACGGAUGGUGAUAUCUUUUUUUAUGGAUCCGAAUGGAGAACUGUGAAUGAACUGCCGGAAAGCCUGGGCGCGACUAGUAUGGUGAUCCGGUGGAGAGAGGCAUACCGAAAUCUGAUGGGCACAGACAGUGACUGCGUUGCACAGAUUAUCAAAGCAGUGAAACAGCCUGGAGGCAUUGGGGGUUACCGAAGAUGA